UGGUUGUUCUAUUUCGGAGUCGGCGGAUCAGCUUUCAAACUCUGUGGAAUUUAUUUUCGUGAUGAUCAAUCGACCCGCUGCUGGUUUCGAUGCGUUCGUUAUUUUGAAACUUGAUAGAUUAUGGAUUUUUGGUAAUUGUUGCCUUAUGUUGUUGGUUUUCUUCGCUUGAAAUGUGAAAUAUGUCUACUCCGACAAAAGCAAGAGGGAAGCGCGCACUGCCGAACGUUCCUCUCAACAGAGCGGCAAGUGUUGAUCGCAUAGUUACAACGACGCCGAAAUCAACCAUCUCCAAGAGGACUGAUUUUGACUCUGCGUGUGGUGAUGUGAAAAAGAACAGAAACUGCAACUCACAGCAGCAGCAAAAGAACGGCCCGAUCAUGAAUUCGAAGGUUUCAUCGGAAUUGUGUUCUAGAAGGAAAGAUCUCUCGUCGAGCGAUAGUGGUUCCAAUACGAGUUCACCUUAUAAUUCUCCUCGAGCAACGCGGAAGGGGACCGUCGGACCAGUGGUGGCCAAUAUUGCAGACAAAUUCUCUACUGGUCCUCACAAAACCACGGUAAUGGAAGGUAACGAGGCAAAAGAAGAGGCAGGGAGUACUGAGAAAAAGAUCGCACGUGUUCUGCCAAUGACACCACAAUUCAUUGAAGAACACCUGAUCACGAAUCCUGAAGACAAACCUUCGUCCACUAAACAUGAGGAAGAGUAUUCUUUGAAAAUCAAUAAACUGCAGUCUGCGUUGGAACUGAAUAAUGGUAAUGCUGUAUUAAAGGGCUUGUUGACACCUAAGACUUCCGAGAUCAACGCACUCGGCGUUUUACAAGCAAAGAUGGCGGGAACACCAUCCAUUUCAACAACACCACAACAACCGUUCUCCGGCGAUGAUGGCGAGGGAUCGAGUGUGCGGGUUGGUGUAAGAGUGCGACCUUUCUUACCGAGAGAAGAAAGUGACCCGAAAGUGAAGCUUUGCAUUUCUAUGAAGGACAACGAGACAGUAAUCACUUCAGAUGCUGGAAUGGAAUACGAAUUUGUAUAUGACUAUUCCAUUUGGUCAUGUGAUCCAAAUGAUGCUCAUUAUGUUGGACAAGAGAAGCUGUAUGAAUUGAUGGGACGUCCUCUUCUGAACAGUGCAUUUGAAGGAUAUAACACCUGUCUGUUUGCUUAUGGCCAGACAGGAUCAGGGAAGUCAUACAGUAUCAUGGGCCAGGGAGAUGAACUUGGUGUUUUACCAAGAUUCUGUGAAGAGCUGUUUGACAGGAUCAAAUGUUGGAAUGAGCUGCAGUUUACAGUGGAGAUAAGUUAUUUUGAAAUCUACAAUGAAAAGAUUCAUGACUUGUUGGCACCCAAUAAGAAGAAGGACAACAAAAAAGUUCAGUUGAAGGUCAGAGAACAUCCAAUCCUGGGACCAUUUGUUCAAGAUUUAUCCACAUACACUGCAAGUUCAUUUGCAGAUGUUGAGUCUUGGCUAGCUGUUGGAAACAGUAUCAGAGCUACAGCUGCCACAGGAAUGAAUGACAAGAGCAGUCGUUCUCAUUCAGUCUUUACCAUGGUUAUGACGCAGACAAGGACUGAAAUAUUUGAAGACUCAGAGACACAAAUGACGACAGCCAGUAAAAUUAACUUGAUUGAUUUGGCCGGAAGUGAGAGGGCAAGUCAAGUGCUAAACAAUCAGGUGAUCAAGACAGCAGACACAGCAGCGCUCAGACUCAAGGAGGGUGGGAGUAUCAACAAGUCACUGCAUACCCUUGGUAAAGUCAUCUCCCUACUGUCAGACAGGGAAACGGAAAAGGCCAAAAAGAAAAUGUACAUACCCUACAGGGACUCCACUCUAACAUGGUUACUAAAAGACAGUUUAGGUGGAAACUCCAAAACAGCCAUGAUAGCAAAUAUCAGUCCUGCAAGCACUUCGUUUGGAGAAUCUCUGAGUACAUUACGAUAUGCUCAGAGAGCCCGUACAAUUGUCAACAGAGCGGUUAUCAACGAGGAUCCAAAUGCAAAGAUCAUAAGAGAGUUGAAAGCCGAGAUCGAGAGGCUGAAACUUUCUCAUGGAGACGGCAACCAGGAAAUAAGUGCAAUAGCUCUGGCAGAAGUUGCUCUGUUGAGAGAGAAACUCAAAGAAACCCAAUAUCUUCUGGCUGAAUCAACUCGGAACUGGCAAGAAAAACUUGCGUUGACGGAAAGGAGAAAACUGGAAGAGGCAGAAAAGUUGAAGAAAGCGGGUAUCUCGUUUAAGGUGGAUAACCGACUACCGAAUCUUGUCAAUUUAAACGAAGACCCCCAGCUGUCAGAGAUGUUGCUGUACAUGUUGAAAGAAGGGGAGACGACAGUAGGUCAGCAUGAUCAUGAUAUUAAACUGAAUGGUGCUCUUGUGGCAGAGUCUCAUUGUGUCUUACGAAAUGAGGGAGACAAGGUUACUGUAUCACCAAUAGGAGAUGCGCCGACGUACGUCAAUGGUCAGCUGAUUGUGGAAGAGACAAUACUUCAUCAUGGCGACCGUGUUGUUAUUGGAGGCGACCACUUUUUCAGGUUAAACCAUCCUAAAGAAGUCAGAAGGAGAAAGAUGAGUACUUCUGCGGCCCCAGAAGGAAGUAAUCAAGAACCUUUAGUCGUUAAAGACUUUGAGUUUGCAAGGAAUGAAUUAGCACAAGCACAGGACGCAAGGCUUCAAGCUGAGUUAGAAGAAGCCAGAGAAGAGGCGAGAAUCAAAGCACAGGAGGAAAUCGUCGUUCGAAUACAGGAAGCUAAGGAGGCCGCUCAACAGGAACUGUCGCAACAGAGGGAACAGUACGAGGAACGAGUUACACAUCUCCAUGAAGCUAUGGAAUCUCUCACGACAGAAAAGAAAGAAGCUGAAUUGUCAAAACAAACAGCGGUGGAAAAGAUUUCUGAACUAGAAGCACACAGACUGCUAUUGGAGCAAGAAAUCCUGAACAACAGAAAAAGGUUACAAAUGGAAGCUCUAGCCGCCAAACAGGCUUUGGAAGAAACCAAAAUGAACCAGGUUCGAAUUAUGACAGAGUUGGAGAAAGAAAAGAAGAAAAUGCAGGAUGAUGUACAGAAACUAAAAGAUGCUAAGCAAAACCGCGAAAAGGUGAGAGAGGAGUUUAGGGCGUCUUUUAACAGCAUUGGAAGGAAAAAUUCUCUAGCUGAUGAUCCGAACAAGAAGGAGCUGUUAAGAAUCACCAUGUCUUUAAGAGAGGCCAACAAGAUCAGCCAGAGCUUGUCAAAACACAUCACCUUUAGCCGGGAUGAUGUUUUUGUCGACGGCAAGUCAGAAAUGAAGAUUCGUUUGAACAACACGAAGAAAGGUCUGACGACUGUGUGGUCUCUGGAGAAAUUUCAAAGCGCCUUGGAGCAGAUGAGAGAGCUGUAUCAGCAACGCGAUAACGACAGCGUAUCAGGGGAGUCUGGUGACGAAGUUGAUCCUUUCAAUGACCCGGAUGAUAAAUGGGAGAAGGAUUUCAAACUGGACUCGUCCAGUAGCAGACGUAUUUCAUCUCUCAGUAGUUCAGGAUUGUCGUCUCGUGCCAGGUCGUCAUCAGCGGGAAAACCACAAGGAUUUUCUUCAAACAAGGCUGAAAGUAUCUUUGCCAAGUAUCGUAAUCAACAGAGCCAAGGCUCGUCAUCCUCAGAUGCCUCCGAGGUCCCUUCUGAGGACCCAGAGACUUCACCCGAAAGGCCUGUUGUAGAGACAUCCAGCAGACCUCCUGUGGCUCCUUCCACUAGACGAAUGAGCGAAACAAGAAGACCUGGACCAUCCGUGUCAAGGUUAUGUAGAGAUUCAUUGAAGAAUCAGCUGGCAACUUUAAAAGACAUGUCUGAUCCGUUUAACGAGCCAUUGUACGAGAAAGUAUUAAGAAGCGUCAAGGACCUCAGAAACAGUGUAACAAGCAUUGUGAAAGCGCAGGGUAAAACGUCUUCUGUCGGAGGAAUCCAAAAAGAAGUUCCUCAGUGUUGUCUUGCCGCCACGUUGGCCUUACAAGUUCUUAUUGAGCAUGCGCGAAUAUGGGGCACUUCAGAAACCAACAACGUGCACUUUACUGAGCUGAGCUCACAACUGCUUGACACUGUCAAGCGACUAGCUGGUCACGUGAUCGGUAUUGUUGAGACUCUUGAUGGAUCGACCUCAAACAUGGACGGUCUAUUCUCGGCUUUCAAUGAUGACGUCAGACACAUUGUUCGUCACACGGCCAAAAUGGCGGUUCUUUCAUCACAUGAGGAACAAGCAAUAGACAGGAACGACUCGACUGAAAAUGAUAACGAGUUAAACAAGGCGUUUAUUGAAGGACAGGACAUGUCCUUGGAAAUAUCUGUGCGUGAUUCCAUUUCUGUCAUAUCAGAAAUUCAGGAAAAACUUCAGACAGACACUUUAGACUCCUGCAAUACUGAGGUGGAAAGAGAAAUAACUGAAAAUGUGCUCUCACUUAUACGAACCACUGGCGAUUUUAUUCACCAAGGACGAGAAGUACAGAUGCAGCUUGUCUCAACUUCGAACGAAAAUAACCGGAAGGACACAGGGAGAAAUCGGCUGAUUUCUGUGAGGAAGUUCGUAAGCAGUGUGAACACGCUGCUACAGAGGACAAGAGACUUAGCUUCAAACGUACGCAAGGCUUGUGAAGAUAUGGACCUCGAGAAACUCGUUUCCUUGCCUGAGGAAAUAUCAACGUCGGCAGGAAAUAUCGUGCGGCAAGAACGAGCGUUUAUCGACACGGAGUAUUCAGCUGCUGUGGGGACUAAUCAAAACAUUUUGGAUGAAAUGGAGUAUUUAGAAAAGAAAUCCAAUGAUGUUGAACUAGCCGCUGGAGACUUGAGGAAAGUUUUGACGAGAUUUCUGUUUCUUAGUCCGCCAAAGUCCUUACAAAAAAGAAGGAACUUCAGAGUGUUUCGAACUGGCAAGGAUGAUUCGGACGAAGACACGCACUCUCCGUCGACUCGUCGGUCAAACCAUGUUAGGACUCCUCUGGCGUCUAGGAGUAGAGAUUUAUAUAGCGGAAAGGAAUCAAAAAGUAGUCGAAAACUAUGGAGCAAAGAAUCACCAAUUUAGCAAAAAAAAAAA